AUUUAAGCACACCAUUGUAUGGACAAUUAUAUAUGAUGAUAACAUAUGUUAUUUUAGACUCUCAAGAUUCCCAGAGAGUGUUUAACAACAAUUUAAUGUGUAAAUGAUGAACCCUUUUAUACUUUGAGCAUUAGAUACAACUAAAUAUCAAUACAAUACGUUUGCCAUUGAACCUAUAUCGUUCAUUCGUUGAGAAUUUAACUGGUCAAGUUGAUGAUAUUGUACUUUACACGUUAUUACUCUCUUACUUAAUGGUAUGGAAUCUGAGGUCCAGCAGGAUAAGAUUCGCACGGAAAUUGCAAACAAUGACGAUCAGAACUUGUCACAUACUGAAGCUAUGUCCAAAGUGAAGAAAGGUUUAGCUGAUAUUAUACAGAAUGACCCUCUGUUGUGUGACUUACCACCAGAGAUUACACUUGAUGAGAUAAACUCACAAGUUGCACUCGAGUAUGGCCAGGCAAUGGUUGUGAAUAUCAGAAGAGCAGAUGAUCAAGUCAUGGCUGUUGUUGUGACACAGAAUGCAACAGUGUUAGAUUUGAAGCAUGCAAUUAAACGUCAUUUUCUACUGAAGCAGUCUCGUGAAGGUGGGACUACACAUCUAAGCUGGAGAUAUGUAUGGAAGAGACAUUGGUUAUAUUUUGAUGGGCAGAAACUCACAGAAGAUAACAAAAAAUUGAAAGAGUACAAUAUAAGAAAUAAAGAUGAAGUUACAUUUGUGAAGAGAUUAAAGGAGAAAUGAUCAUGAUAGGCGUAAAGUUUAUGGAUUGAAAUUAAAUUCAACAACAAAGUGCAGUGGCUUCAUGGAAUUGGAUAUAUGUAGCAGAAUAUGAAUCUGUUUGAAUUUUGAAAAAGAAUACAAAAGAAAUAUGUAUAUUUCUGUAUGCAGAAAAUCGUUGCUAAGCAGUUAAAACCCUACUUAAAAUAAUUUGUUCCGGAAUAUCAUUUACUUUGUACAUACUAUAUUCAUGUGUGUUAAAUUAACAGAGAAAUUCUGUGUUACAAUUCCUUCAAAAAAUGGACCAAAAGAUCAUGGAAAUAGCAGAGCUUUAGCUGUUUAUGAAUUUUAUAAAAAAUAUUUCCAUAAGAUAUACAUAUGAUGUGACAGAAGUUGUCAAGUUCAGGAAAAUGUUGUUGUGUCAUAGUUUGGAGACAUUUCUGUUGAAAACAAGUUCAAUCAUAUAUCCAUAAAUGCACAGUGUGUUAACUGGAGUGCAGGUAUUAGGUAUAG